AUGCUAGUUAGCCAAUUCUUUGGGGAUAUUCUCGGAGUUUUUCAGGAUCGUUUUCAGCGUUCCCGGCGUUUGAGCUUUUACUAUGCAAGUCUUGAGUAUUCGGAUGGUAGAGUAAAAGGAUUAUAUAAUUGUAUGGUUCGUCAUCAGUUCGAUAUCAUUUCGAAGAGUAAAUCACCAAAAAUUGAAACUGAUAUUGCCCACCAAGUUGAAGGAAUGAACUUGAACGGCUUGCAACAAGUAACACAGGAACAUCAACAACUAUUAGAACAAACAAGACAUCGUCUUCGUGACCGUAUAUCAUCGCGUAUGGGCGAAUUACUUCUUUUAGGUCAGACUAUGCUCAACGAAUACUGCGAGUUGUGUGCGGGUAUUUUGAUGGAAAACCGUCAAGGAGUUCGUUCAUGUGUUGCUUGCGAGAUGGUGAAUACAGAGCUUUCAAGGGGACAGAACUACAGGACUGCAGUUCCAAAUAAUGAUGACUUGAAUGAUUUAACUGAGCACGGCAACAUGAGUCGAAGUAGUGAAGUUUUACAAUCACCGACGCAGUUUCUUCCAGCAGAUUCUACCGCAAGAUCUUCCCACUCACCAGUUGAAAGAAGAGAUUUCCCUGUGCGAACUCACCGCAAUCAUCGUUUUCAUGUAGAAGAAGGCAUAUCACCACAUGCUGAUUUUUUGGAAUCCGGAAAUGUUAAGAUGGCAUUAGAGGCAAUUGACGAUAAACUAAAGUGGUGCGCAGAACGAUUGAAAAGCUGCGACAAUGUAGAGGAAAUAAUGGAACUAUAUGAAAUUAUUGAUCGUGGCAUUGGAAUUCUAAAACGUUUUAUGAAUACUUGA